GUGGCCCUUUCUACCUCAUAGCGGAGUGACAGUGAAAGAAGGACCCAAACCUUUAAUCUUGUUUCGCAGUGGAUUUAGCAGAAAGCAGCUGCAGCAGCCUGGAAAUCACCAUGGAAAAAAUCCUGAAAACAGAACUGAAAACUUCUGUUCUGAAGGCAUUUGGAAGCUCGGGAGGAGGAUACAUUAGCCAAGGCCAAGGUUAUGAAACAGACAGUGGACGAGUAUUUGUUAAAAUCAACCACAAACCUCAGGCUAGAAAAAUGUUUGAAGGAGAAAUGGCAAGUUUGGAAGCUAUUCAGAAAACCAAUAUUGUGAGAGUGCCUCAGCCUAUUAAAGUAAUUGACCUGCCUGGAGGAGGAGCAAUGUUUGUCAUGGAGUACCUAAAGAUGAAGCACCUCAGCAAAUAUUCUUCAAAGCUUGGGGAGCAGAUGGCAGAUCUUCAUCUUUACAACCAGAAACUUGGAGAGAAAUUGAGAAAGGAAGGAAACACAAUUGGUAAAGGAGCAGGUUGCUCUGAGUCUCAGUAUGUGGAUAAGUUUGGAUUCCAUACAGCCACUUGCUGUGGUUAUAUACCACAGGUGAAUGAAUGGCAGAGUGAUUGGCCUUCCUUCUUUAUUCGUCACCGACUCCAAGCUCAAUUGGAUUUGAUUGAAAAAGAUUAUGGGGACAGAGAAGCCAGAGAACUUUGGUCACAGCUAAAACUAAAGAUUCCUGAAAUGUUCUGUGAUGUAGAAAUUGUUCCUGCUCUGCUGCAUGGGGACCUGUGGGCUGGAAACGUGGCUGAGGACGACUCUGGGCCAAUUAUCUUCGACCCUGCUUCCUUCUAUGGCCAUUCAGAAUUUGAACUGGCCAUUGCUGGAAUGUUUGGUGGGUUUAGCAGCUGUUUUUUCUCAGCCUAUCACAGUAAAAUACCCAAAGCUCCAGGAUUUGACAAACGAAACAAAUUGUAUCAGCUCUUUAAUUACAUAAACCACUGGAACCAUUUUGGGACGGGGUACAGGGGAUCUACCUUAAAUAUGAUGAGAAAACUUUUAAAGUGACCAAAUAGGUUUGGGAAAUUCUGACAUAGUCCCUUAGUAAUUAACAGCCCCUCCUUAUCGGGAGUAACACAAACUAGGAAUUAAUGUUGAUGACAAGACACCUGACACAUGGAAGGCUUAGACCACUUGUGAGCCUCACUAAACGUUGAGCGAUUGUGUAAUUUUUAACUUGUACACUACUUUAUGAGACUCCACUAGGUCAGAAAAGUAGCCUGACAGCCUAACCCUGCUCUCUGCACACAGCCUCGCUUCUGGGCUACUGCCUUUCCACCGUUUGCAUCCUGCCACUAAUGCUGCUGCUCUGUCGGCAGCUCCGUAUCGAGAGCUGCUGUGGGAUUGUGGUGUUGGAAGUCAUAACUAGUUCCUUACCUCUCCCCUUUUUUGUUCUGUUUUAGUUUUUUGUCUCUGGUUCCAUCCCUUUUCCCGUUUCUAUUUCUGUUGUCCUUCCUUUCUCAUGUUAAGUGUCGUGAUCCAAAAUUUACAUCAGAUUCUAUGAAUCUGAAAAUGAAAACAUUCUCUUUUUGAUUUGAAGAGUAGACAAGGCCCUUUGGACUGCACUUGGCAAGCAUAUAUAUAAUUAAUAACAUUUAUAGUAUUUAUUUUAAUUUAAUGUAAUUUACUUACAUGCUUUUGUUUAUCUCUUACUAUGAUAAAUUAAAUUAAAGUGAUAUUUUGUAAAAAAGGUAUCUCUGUGGUUCCGUGGUAAUUAACUAUGUGGUCAGAAAGUGGGUUGUUACCACACAAGUUUGGUGAUAAUAAACCAUAGUUUUAGUAUGAUAUUUCAGUAUGUUAUACUAUGAUAGUAACACAUUUAAAUAACUUUGUAAAAAGAUAGCAAAAAGUGGGAGGGAGGGCCUAGGGUUUUGAUGACAAGAAAGCAUCUGUUGCUGCUGUGUUGGUUGGUGCUUGAUGUAUUUUCAAUUUUAUAAGAUAAUGUACAGUUGGCAAAGCUAGUCUGUUCUGCCACUGCUGGAUGAUUGAAGGAACAAUGUCGAAUUGGAUGGCUUUAUACUGUUUUAUGAUAUUCCUAACUGCUUUAUUUUUACAGAAAACAUAGGCAAUGAGAAUUUGGGGAAAAAAAACUGUGUAAAGAUGUUGGCAUGCGAUGUGAGCUACAGUAUACUAACAAAUCCCUGAUUUUUUAAUGGAAGAAGGUGUAAAGGAAGUAAAUGUAAGUGCAGUCCAGCAAAUGCUUACAUGAAUCAGAAAAUUUGAAUAAGAAUGACUGAUUUUAGGUAUUUAGGCUUCAGAUGGUUGUCAUGACUAGUACCUAAAAUGUUACAUUAAAAAAUGUUCAAAUAUGUUUAGACUUUUUUGCAGCUUUAGAUGGCUGUGCUAUAAAAAUUUCAUAAAUUUUGAAGUUAGAUUUGUAAUUUAUGCUAUUUAAAAAAAUACAUUUCAUUCUCUAUAAAUAUAGUUUAAAAAUUUCACUUCUUUUGAAUUAGGGCUACGAUUAGGGGAAGUUGUAACGGUGUGGUUAUAAGUCUUAAUACAAUUAUAACAGUGGAAGAGUGGAAUAAUAGUUAGAAUACAGUUGAAAUCAUAGCUGAUAGCUAGAAGAUCCAGGUCUGAGAAAACAGCAAAGUGCAUGCUUACCAAUAUUUAUUAAUGUCAACAAAAAUACACGUAUUACACUGGGAACUACAUGUGAACUUAUGAUUUCUCCUUCUCAAAUAAAAUACUUGCCUUGCAGAAACUA